GCGUGAAAGGACACAAGACCAAUAGUUUUGUACGUAGUUUUUACCGCACAUCGCCGCACACGUGGAGUGAGUGGCGUGUAUCGUGCAUAGCUCUAUUACCUCCAUGCGUUGAUGACAAACUAAGGAACAGAUUGAAAGAAUCUUGAUUGCAGUGCCAAGAUUCACCAUGGUGUUCUUCACGUGUAAUGCCUGUGGCCAAUGCGUCAAGAAAAUUCAUGUUGAGAAGCACUACAUGAGAGAGUGUCGUAACUGUGAAGUUCUCUCUUGUAUGGAUUGUGGCAAAGACUUCUUUGGAGAUGAUUAUAAACUACAUACAAAAUGCAUAACGGAGAAUGAGAAGUACGGAGGAAAAGACUAUGUAGCUAAUGCCAAGGCCAACAAGGGAGAAGUAAAACAGUCUCAGUGGAUUGAGUGCGUUCAGGCGGCAAGUUCCUCACAGUCACUGAGUCCAAGAGUGAGAAGUCUACUAGAGCGUCUGUCGAACUACGACAACAUUCCUCGCAAGAAGGUCAAAUUUGAAAGAUUUUUACAGAAUGGUCUGAAUGUGCGUGAUGUAAGUCUCAUCGAGCAGAUCUGGACUGUGUUUAGUGAGGCAGGAGCCAAACAGAAAAACACAACUUCAGCAAAGACUGAAGAAGGAACCAAACAGGUGACGGUGAAUACAACUCAGGAGAAUGGUACCUCUUCGGGAGAACCUUCUGGCCAAGGCGACGACACUAAGGCGGACCUCAAAAAGAAGAAAAAAGAUAAGUCGCAUAAGGAGAUGGUCGUGGAUGGUGGAGAAAAAAUUGGACAAGAUGACAGGGAAUCUAUAAAGAGUGACAAGAAGAAGAAGAACAAGAAGAAGAACAAGAAGGAGAAGAGGGAUAAGGAAGUCUUUGAAGCUGAUGAGAGUGAUGAGGAGAGACCUUCCUCUGAUGAAGCCAAGAAAUCAUCAAAGAAACACAAACAUAAGAAACGUCAUGACAAGUCGGAAGAAUCAAUUUCAAAUGGUGAGGAAGAGGAGGAUAGGAAAGCUUCCGAUGAAGAAAGCGGAGAUGCAAAGAAACGCAAGAAGCACAAGCGCAAGAAGGGGGAUGAUGUUAGUACACAUAAUGGUUUGAAUGAAACGACCGAUGCCACUGAAGAAACUGACAAUGGAGAUAGCGAGCCGUCAAAGAAAAGAAAGAAGAAGAAACACAGUAGAAAUAAUGAUCAGGAUCUUGAAAUUUUGGAACGCGAAGAGGAUAAUGGAAUCGUGAUAUCUGUCGAGUCGGAAGAUAAUAGUGAUGAACUAGUUUCAAAGAAACAUAAAAAGCACAAGCGCAAGAAGCGGGAUGAUGGUAGUACACAUAAUGGUUUGAAUGAAACGACUGAUGCCACUGAAGAAACUGACAAUGGAGAUAGCGAGCCGUCAAAGAAAAGAAAGAAGAAGAAACACAAGAGAAAUGAUGAUCAGGAUCUUGAAAUUGUGGAAUGCAAGGAUAAUGGAAUCGUGAUAUCUGUUGAGUCGGAAGAUAAUAGUGAUGAAAUAGUUUCAAAGAAACAGAAGAAGAAACGCAAAAAGGAGGAUGCAGAGCUUUUAAAAUCCGAGUUGGAAAGAAUAAUAGACAAUGAAGGAGCACUUGAUCUUGUGUCGUCAAAGAAAAAGAGUAAAAAGGGAGCUAAAAAUGAAAAAAGGAAACUGUAAUUGGGGAUGG